AGAGGGGCUGCAUCCUCGCCCCUCCCUGCCUCUGCUGCGGAGAUGCCCGACCCCUGGAACAUCUCCUCAGAAAGCCCGGGUCCCCCAGGGGCAGAGGGCGUCGUGAUCCCUGUGGUCUUUGCCCUCAUCUUCCUCCUGGGCACGGUUGGCAACGGGCUGGUGCUAGCUGGGCUGCUUCGCCCUGGCCAGUCCAAGGGCAGCCCCACCGACCUGUUCAUUCUGAACCUGGCCGUGGCCGACCUGUGCUUCCUGGUGUGCUGUGUGCCCUUCCAGGCCGUCAUCUACACGCUGGACAGCUGGCCUUUUGGAACCUUCGCCUGCAAGGCCGUGCACCUCCUCAUUUAUCUCACCAUGUAUGCCAGCAGCUUCACGCUGGCCGCCAUCUCCGUGGACAGGUACCUGGCCAUCCGCCACCCUCUGCGCUCCCGCUCUCUCCGGACGGCCCAGAAUGCUUGGGCCACCAUCGGCCUGAUCUGGCUCGUGGCGCUGCUCUUUUCGGGGCCGUACGCCAGCUACUACUGGACAGUGCAGUAUGGGAAGCUGGUGCUCUGCGUGCCAGGCUGGGAGGACGACAGCCGCCGUGCCCUCGACCUGGUCACCUUUGCUGUGGGCUACCUGCUGCCCGUGGCUGUGGUGGGCCUGGCCUACGCCCGGAUCCUCUGCUUCCUCUGGGCAGCCGUGGACCCCCGGAGCUCAGCCUUGGAGGCGCGCCGCCGGGCCAAAGGCCGGGCCAGCCGCACCAUGCUGGCCGUGGCGGCCCUCUUUGGCCUCUGCUGGCUGCCCCACCACCUGGUGAUCCUGUAUUUCUGGUUUGGCCACUUUCGCUUCACCUGGGCCACCUAUGCCUGUCGCCUGGCAUCCCACUGCCUCUCCUACGCCAAUUCCUGCCUCAACCCCCUCGUCUAUGCCCUGGCCUCUAAGCACUUCCGAAAGCGCUUCCGACAUCUCUGCCCCUGUUGCUGCCGUGGCCGCCACCACCAGUGCCUCCCGGGUCCGGGAUGUGUGCCCCCAAAUGGGGCCAGGGCCCACCGUCGGGUCCAUGCAGCAUCCUUCGGGCGAGCUCCAUCCCCCGGGAGGGAAACGUGCCCUGGGAUUCCCCAGCCCAGGGAGGAGGGAGCCCGUCCUGUUCAGGCAGGAGGGCAGAUCCCCAGAGAGGAGAAAGAGAGGGAAUCACUUCCUAGAGUCUGCUAG